CCAACAGGCACAAUAUAUUACAGUCUAGGGCUUGCUGCUGAAAAGCCCGCUGGAUCCUCCACUGACCUGCUGUUCUUUCCUGCUUUCCUCUCUUCCUGCGUUUUUUCCCUCCACAUUUAGAUUAAAAACAAAGCUCUCUCUCUCUCUCCUUAUCUCUCUCUCUCUCUCUCUCGCUCUCUCUCUGUCCCUUCACCCCUCCCUCCUCCUCCUCCUUCUUCUUCUUCUUCUUCAUCUUCUUCUUCUUCUUCUCCUCCUUCCUCUUCUGUUUUCUGCGGCAGUAGUCAACGUUGAGGCUUCGGUGCAUCAGAGCAGGAGGCGGCAGAGACUGUUCGGACGCGUGUGUUUAUGUUUGUGUGUUUUGCCAUUGGACGGCCGGGUGAAGGGGGGCACGCGGAGCAGGAGAGAGGAAGAGGAGGGAGGAAGAAGAGAGAGGACUUGCCUGGAUGACAUUCUCUGUGUCAUGUCACUACGUGUGGACCUUGACUGAUCACAGGGUGAGGAAAGAGGGAGAGACACUGAGAGGAAGACGAGGAGGAGGAGGAGGAGGAAAAACCGAGACUUUGGUUUCACUGGGAAAAGAAGAAGCAGCAGCAGCAGGAGGAGGAGGAGGAGGAGGAGGAGGAGGAGGAGGUAAAGUCUGGUGCUCUGUUUAAUCAUGACAGUGUUGGAGAAACCCACCGACGGACUGAGAGCUCAGUCAACAGAGAUUCACAUCUGAAGACAAUACGAAUACGAAGACUGUGGACGAGUGAAGACUGCUGUGUCCAGCUGAGGACUUACCGACAGAGAGACUUUGUGUGUGUGUGUGUGUGUGUGUGUGUGUGUGUGUGUGUGUGUUCGACUGUGUAACCAGUGGAGGGCAGAGGAGUGGAGGGCCAGGGGACUAACCUGGCCAUCAAACGGACUGGCAGCCUCUCCUCUCCUGGGAUCAUGUACCCUCAGGGCAGGCAUCCGGUACCCUUGCAGCCUGGCCAGUCUUUCAAGUUCACAGUCCUGGAAACUCUGGACCGAAUCAAGGAGGAAUUCCAGUUCCUCCAGGCCCAGUAUCACAGCCUGAAGCUGGAGUGUGAGAAGCUGGCCAGUGAGAAGACGGAGAUGCAGAGGCACUACAUCAUGUACUAUGAGAUGUCCUAUGGUCUCAACAUUGAGAUGCACAAGCAGGCGGAGAUUGUCAAGCGUCUCAGUGCCAUCUGUGCUCAGAUCAUCCCCUUCCUCUCUCAAGAGCACCAGCAACAGGUGGUCCAAGCAGUGGAGAGAGCCAAGCAGGUCACCAUGGCAGAACUCAACGCCAUUAUCGGGCAGCAGCAGCUCCAGCACCUGUCUCACCACGCCCCCGGCAUUCCCCUGACACCACACCCGUCAGGCCUGUCCCUGGGCGCGGGAGGAUCGGGGCUUCUGGCGCUGACCGGGGCCCUGGGGGUCUCAGCCCACCUCGCAUCCAAAGAUGAGCGCAACCACCUCGACCCUGAACAUCUUCGAGAGGGAGCACCCAGCAGGAGUAAGUCAGUGUCAUCAACAGACAGUCAGCCCACUGAGGAGCGGCAGGGCCCGUCAGGAGGCUACUCCUCCUCACAGGGAGGAGCUGAGGCCAAGCGGAGGCGCUGCGAUGACAAAGAGCCUCUCCCACCACACUCCUAUGACAGUGAUGGGGACAAAAGUGAAGAUAAUCUUGUGGUGGACGUCUCCAAUGAGGAGCCGAACUCUCCUGCAGGCACCCCUCCUCACUCCCCACAUGGGAACGGUUUAGACCGGGCCCCUACCUUAAGGAAAGAGAUGCCGGGGUGCUCGAGCACAGGAGAGGCCCCCUCCACCCCAAAUCCCCGCAGCCCCACCCCAGGCAAGGCCAAGGACCCUUCACAGAUGGAUAAGUCCCAGUCUCCAUUGUCUAAGUCUGGCACCCCGUCCCCUUCCCACCGUGAGGCCCUUACCCCAGGAACCCCUGGAGCUCCUGGUCCCAGCACCUCCUGCCUUCGUCUGGUCAGCAAAGCAGCCACCAGUGCAGACCCCCUCGCUCUCCGCAGUCCCAUGUCUGUGCCCCCUGGUUCAUACCCAGCUCAUUUUGGCGUGGUGUCCCACGCAGGACUGAACGGGGAGCUGGCCAGCCCAGGAGGUUUUGGCGGAGCUCUAACUCUCUCCCCACAAAUCAGCGCGGCAGCCAGUGCCUACUCCCGAAGCCCCAUGGUGGCGUAUGACUCUCGAUCUCACCUCAGAGCACCAGGGCUGUCCUCUUCUCUGCCGGGCUCCUCUGGAGGAAAGCCCGCCUACUCGUUCCAUGUGAGCGCAGACGGCCAGAUGCAGCCGGUGCCCUUUCCCCCCGACGCCUUGCUGGGCCCGGGAAUCCCUCGCCACGCACGUCAGAUCCACACCCUGAACCACGGGGAGGUGGUGUGCGCCGUCACCAUCAGCACCUCGACACGACACGUCUACACUGGAGGGAAGGGCUGCGUCAAGGUGUGGGACAUCAGCCAGCCGGGCAGCAAGAGCCCCAUGGCCCAGCUGGACUGUCUGAACAGGGACAACUACAUCCGCUCCUGUAAAAUCCUCCCCGACGGGCGAACACUGAUCGUCGGCGGGGAGGCCAGCACGCUGUCCAUCUGGGAUUUGGCCACACCCACCCCCCGCAUCAAGGCGGAGCUGACGUCGUCCGCCCCCGCCUGCUAUGCUCUGGCCAUUUCCCCCGACAACAAGGUCUGCUUCUCCUGCUGCAGCGACGGCAACAUCGUCGUCUGGGACCUUCACAACCAGACGCUGGUCAGGCAGUUCCAGGGCCACACAGACGGAGCGAGCUGCAUCGACAUCUCCAACGACGGAACCAAGCUGUGGACGGGGGGACUGGACAACACGGUGCGCUGCUGGGACCUCCGAGAGGGACGGCAGCUGCAGCAGCAUGACUUCACCUCGCAGAUCUUCUCUCUGGGCUACUGUCCGACAGGCGAGUGGCUGGCUGUGGGAAUGGAGAGCAGCAACGUGGAAGUCCUGCACGUCUCCAAACCUGACAAGUACCAGCUGCACCUCCACGAGAGCUGCGUCCUCUCCCUCAAGUUUGCCUACUGCGGCAAGUGGUUCGUGAGCACAGGAAAAGACAAUCUGUUAAAUGCAUGGAGGACACCAUAUGGAGCUAGUAUUUUCCAGUCCAAGGAGUCCUCAUCUGUGCUGAGCUGCGACGUCUCCCCGGACGACAAGUACAUAGUGACGGGCUCCGGGGACAAGAAGGCCACGGUGUACGAGGUGGUGUACUGAGGGCCGGGACGAGAUGGCGAGGGCAGGACGGAGACUUUGGGGGGGGGGUGAUUGAGAAGAUGCACCCAGUUGCCAACUGCUACCAAUCUUCAUUACAUCAUCAUCGACAGCAGCAGCGGCACCUCUGUCUCAGUCCUCUUGAGUCCUUCUGACCCUCACCCCUAAUACAUCUCCCCUCUCCCCCUUUUUGCUGUGAUAUAAGCUACUGUAGAAGCUCCCUAAUGCCCCCUCCCCUCUUCCGCCUUCCACUUUGAGCCCAAGGAUGAGGCAUGAUAGCGCACAGAGAGAGAGAGGAGAAACAGCGAGAUAAGAAGGACAAAGGAAAAGAGCAGUGGAGCAUAAAGAUAAGGUCGGGAGGAGAAAGGAGGGAAAGACGAGAAGAAAGCGGGAGUGCGGAAGGAAGAGGAAUAAAUGAGAGGAAGAGGAGGACAAAAAGAAGAAGGAGGAGGAGGGAGGCAGGCUAAUUAGGGCUGUUUCCAGAUUAAGAGCUCAGUGGAAGGGAGGCCCCCAGAGGAGGCGCGGAGUGGCACUGUGGGAGCGCCAGCCAGGAGCACUGAUACCACACAAUCGAUUCAUUAGCCAGACAGUGGAAGCCUUAAUGAGGCUGACGCCGCAGCUCGCUCUCCGCAGCGAGAGGUGUCAGGAGCUGGGGAACGAUGACGCUCUGAGAUGGAGGGGGCCGCUUCAGAUAUCCACAUACAUGAAACAUAGGCCCUGCUCACAGUACACACACACGAACACACACACUUGGGUACAUCCCCUUGAGGUAAUCGUAGGAAGAGAGAAACACACACAACACACAGAGCACCCAAUUAAACAUUCAUCGCCGCACUCCCCAUCUCACUGCUUAAUAUCUAUUUUAUUUCUGUCUGACAAAGGCAGCGUCUAAUGAGCAGCCGAGUCAAUGGGAUCCUCCCGGGGCCCCGAGACACAAACAGAGAACAUCAGCCGAGCUGUUCCCUCUAAUUCCUCCGGAUUGUUCUCCUGACACCGGGCACCGCUCUCACUCUCAUUACAGGCACCGUCAGCCAGAUGACGUAGCACCGCGCGGCAACUUCACUGUAAGGCAAACAAGAGGCCAAAUUAACACCACCCUGCCGCGCUGUCAUCAGCAGCCAACUACGCAGCGACUAAUCCGGCUCCUUUCAAACCUCAUGCAACACGUGGCUGUUUUUAUUCACAGAUGAGAUCACAUGUUUAGUGGAGUGGUUAUCUGCGUCACUGCCUGUCUGAUGAUGAGCCAGUGUUCAAAGUGCUCUGGCCAAAUCUUUGAUAAGCUGUUGAUUGAUAUAAGUUGAAAUGCUCAACACCUUAAAGGAAACAUUUCGUUAAAUAUUUUUCAAGGCUUUCUUGCUGAUAUUUAGACGAGUAGACUGACACCACUCUCAUGUAUGUGUGCUUGGUAUGAAGCCACUGUUAGCAGCCUGCUCUCUUAGCUCUUAGUGCUAAAUGAGCAAACAACAAAUUCCAGCACCUCAACGAGCAAUAACUAAAACAAAUACAAAAGUGUAAAAUUUAACAAAUCACCCACUAUUUUUUGGUCAGGCCCAGUUGCCUGGCAACCACAUAAAUGUCCCUAACCACAGACUGUAAAUAAAGAUGGACGACACGUCUCCAUUUCCUCCUGUUGUACAAAGAUAUAACCAAAAUAUCUCAGAUAGGGGUACCGCCAUCUUGUCCUUUUUGACGUCAGAGUCUAUAUAUGCACUCGACCAAUCAUGUCAGUCUCAGCUGUCAAUCAUGACGUUGACCAUGAUUUUAUAGCAUAAAAUAUCAAAUUAAAAAGCAAAUAAUCAGUAAAAGCGAGCACUUGAACCAGUUUGAUAAGAACUACCUAAAAUGACAGUUUGAGUUUGGUCCAUGCCCCAUAAGCUAACAUGGAGGAGGCAGGGUAUAUUAACUAUACAGCAGCCAGCCACGAGGGGGCGAACAAGAGGAUUUGGCUUCACUUUUGGGGAGCUGUCACGUCGUCCAUCUUUUUAAACGGUCCAUGGUCUCUGGACAGAGCCAAUUCCAAUCUGUGUGCUGAGGCAAGUCAGCUGCUGGCUCGCCAGUCGUCUCAUCUAACGCGAUGCAACAAAGCCAAUGAGCAUAUUUCCCAAAGCGCCACUUUUUUUCUCUAAACCUUUUUCUUACUUUUGAAUGGUCCUUGUAUCAAACUCUAAACUGGCAGGCAAACAGUAAAUCAGAGCUCUGCUUCUGUAGAACAUCCGUCACCAGUGUGUAGACUAAAAAAAAGCUUUUUUUAUUACUCAUUUAUUUCAGUAUUUUUUAUGAAUAGCUCGUCUUAUGUAACGAUAUCUUUAUGUUUUGGGGGGUUGCCUAUGACUGCGUUUGGGUUCGGGGAAGAGAGGGACACACUCACACAUGGAAACAUACGACAACAAAAAAAAUCUGUUUCUUUUUUUUUAAUCAGUGUAUUUUUAUCCUCGGUGAUUGUGCCAGACAGAAGAUUUAUAACAUCAGCGAGAAGGAAAAAAAACAUCCUCCAUUUGGGAGAAACGUUCCUCUGUCUACUGUUUGUUGUUUUUGUUUUAUUCACCCUUUUUUUCAGAAGUGGUAGUGAACGUACUGUCUUCAGUCCUAACUGUGUGAUUAUACGACGUUUCUGUUGCGUCUGUGGUCAUUGGCAACGACACGAUGACGCAGAAUUAGCCAUCAAUGAGGUCCCACUUGUUACUGCAUGCUUGUUGCACUACAAGUCCAACUCUGCCAGAUAGAACCAGAUUCAUCUGUUCAUUUUAUUCCACAGGUACAUUGAAUGGUCUCAUAUCCUCCGUUUUACAGAAGGAGGAAUCGUAAUCUUACAUCUCAGUAUGCAAUUUAGUGAAGCUGUAAAAAGUUCUUGGCGAGACGUGUCCAUGUCCCUCGAUAACGCAGGAUAUAAUCACGAGGGACUUCUGCUUUACCAGCAACGAGUAGAGAUCAUCUGUACAGUUUAACGCCUCCGCCUGUCUCUUUCCCGUCCUGUCAGCCACAGGCAAGACCUCAACGACUCUCAUACACAAGCUUGUAUACUACUCAGAAUGAUGCUGUAUAAUGGCUAUGCAUUUGGUGGUAUAGCGUGAAUAUUUUGGACAUUGUAUUUGAUACUCUUCUUUAACCGUCACUAAUGUCUCUCUCUCCACUGCCUCUGCUUUCUGUUCCAACAGUAUAAAAACUCACGUUAAGUUCCUCUUCUUUUUUUUUAAUGCACUGUGUCAUCCCUCCUGAUACAUCUCCUCAUGUGCUGUACAAGAAAAAACUAUGUGUGAAAAAUAAACCAAACUUGUGUUCAUCCUUUCA